AUGGAGCUCCGUCCACUCCGUGUGAUGAUCUUGCUUAUUUCACUUAUCCGAGUCGGACAAGCUCAAGUGUUUAAACCAGUUCUGUCUGUGGAGCCGAAUUCACCUCAAAUAUUCAGAGGAGAGACGGUUACACUCACAUGUAGGAUUUCAGGAUGGAGUGGACUGUACUACUGGUACAAAGAUCGUGGUUAUAGUCACAGAUCUGCUGAAAAUUACUACACUAUAAAAGUAUAUCAGAGUCAUAAAUACAGCUGUUACGGGUCUAUUUAUGGACGGUCAACGACAUGGAGUAAUGAAGUGACUCUCUCAGUGAUCGAGAGACCAAAAGCCGUUCUGACUCUGCAGCCUGAUGGACAGAUAUUCAGUGGACAGGAAGUCACUUUCACAUGUGAAAUACGAGGACAUGCAGACACUGAGUGGAUGUACAACUGGAAUAAAGAUGGUGUCCAAAUAUCCUCCUACACUGAGAGCAGGAAAUAUUCAUUCACUCCUGUAGAGUCUCUCAGCGCUAAAUACACCUGCAGCGGACGGAGAAGAAGCGACUCUCAGACCUCAGAGACCAGCAACACUGUUACACUCACUGUGUCAGAAAAACCUAAACCUGAACUCACAGCAAGUCGUGAAGGAGCUGUACUGAAAGGAAACUCCGUGACUCUGUCCUGUACACUGAAGCUGCAGUCUGCUGGAUGGAAGUUUUACUGGAUCAAACCCACACAGAGCACUGAGACUGAGACUGAGACUGAAACACACCACUACAUCUUCAGAUCAGUUAGUGUCUCUGAUGGAGGUCAGUACAGGUGCAGAGCUGGUAGAGGAAACCCAGUCUACUACACACACUACAGUGAUGCACUCUGGGUAAAUGUUACUGAUGGAAAAGCUGCACUGUCGGUACUGAAGCUCCUCAGCAGUGCAGUAGCGGCCUCUCCGUAUGUGCUGGUGACCAUCAUUCUGGCAGUGAAAUGUUACAGAGCUCGAACUGACCCUGAUGAGGACAACAGACCGUACAGAGUGAUAGAAGCUGAAGCGUCUGUCUGAGUCUCAGGUUAUUACAUUAUUUUAUCAUCUAGCUUUUAUAUAACAGCAGCUCCCCGUGCAACAGAGAACACUGCAUUUAGCCCAUGGAGCUGUAACGUGAUGAACGAAUGACUCUGACCCGAAGACUCGAGAGCUGAAUUAAUCAUUUCUGUUUCCGGGGAACAGAUGUGAGAAAUGCGACGUGACAAAAGAAAGAACGACUCGGAUCGGGAGGUGAGGUGAACUAACAGACUGUAUAGCCUGAAGACCUAAUGCUAAGCUAUUAAUUAAUCAUUUCUGUUUCUCAUAAUUUGGCCUUGGCUGCAAUAGCCUAUACUUUAUUUUUAUUCCAAAUGUGAUCAACGUUUGCAUAAGUACUAGAUGUGUUGGUGAAUUUAACAUGUAACAUUUUAAUUAUAUUCUGCUGAAAUGAAAGAAAUGACUUCAAAAAAGAUUUGUUCAUUUUGCUGAACGAGAUUCAAAGAUCCGAGUCAGUAAAAUGGUCCGAACUUCCCAUCACUACUGCUCACUGCAGAGCCAAAUAGAUGGAGCUGGACGUCUAGCUCCACCUCUCUUGAUCUAGUCUAGUAAUCUAUGGAUCUAGUCUAGUUCCACCUCUAUGGCUCAUUUCGCCACCUACUGGCUGUUAAUGUCAAUGCAAGCCCUUCAUUAGAUCAAACUUACCUAAAGGGGAAAAAAUGUUGAUUGUUAAUGCACGAAGGUUAGGUCAAAGUAACCAUGAGACUUGCAUGGAACUGGAGAUGCUGGCAUAGCUAAUAUUGCCUUACCUUUCUUUAACAUUUUUCAUGAUUUCAUGAUUUUUCUGCACUGUUUCUGUGACAAACUGCAUGACCAGACUACCUUCUUUUUUCCCCCACUGUAUUAAGGCUAUGUAAGCUAUUUGUGAAUUUUCUGUCAUAUGUGAUUCAUUAAUGUAAUAAAGUAUGCUCCUAAUAUGCUCUUUGCUGUUAAACAUUGGAACUGAGUUACCUU